AAGAAGGAGUUCUUUUAUAUACGGGUAUCAAGUGAGAAUAACUAUAUACAUAUUUUAUGAGAAAUAUGGUCAUUUUUUCUUCUAAACAUCUCUCUAUAUAUGAAUAACACACAACUUCUUCAACUUAGACACGAGAAAUUUAUACAUUAUGGAGUUCAACAUCCCAUCAACACUCAUAGCUCUACUUUCAUUUCUCCUCUUUCUCCUCACGUUUCGCAAAUCGCGACGAAUCUCAAAAUUCGCGAACAAUUACUCACACAUCCCAGGUCCCAAAACCCUCCCUCUCAUCGGAAACCUCCAUCUCAUGCUACGCGCCACCGUGCCCCACCACAUGUUCAGAGACCUCGCCGCCAAACACGGGCCCCUUAUGCACCUCCAGCUGGGCGAGAUCCACUUCGUCGUCAUCUCAUCCGUCGACUUCGCAAAACAAGUGGUGCGAACCCACGACCUCAACUUCGCCAACCGCCCCCGCGGGCUGGUGGCGGAGACGCUCUCCUACAAUUACACGGCGAUCGUCUUCACCCCCUACGGCGACCACUGGCGCCAGCUGCGGAAGAUCUGCACGCUCGAGCUCCUGAGCGCGCGCCGCGUGCAGUCCUUCCGCCACAUAAGAGAGGAGGAGAGCAUGAAUAUGUGCGAAUGGAUAGCUUCCCGCGCGGGAUCGCCGGCCAACCUGUCGGAGAAGCUGUUCUUGACGUCGUACGAUAUUAUUACGAGGGCGGUGGUCGGGGCGAGGACCGCGGAGUGCGGAACGAUGACUUCUAUUAUUGAAGAAGCCACCCAGUUGGGGGCGGGAUUCAUGCUGGCCGACCUCUAUCCUUCCGUCAAAUGGCUGCCGUUGAUCACCGGAGCCCGGUUCAAGAUCCGGCGGAUGCAUCGGAAAUUAGACAAGCUGUUCAGUAGCAUCGUGGAGCAGCAUAGGUCAGCAGGUGAUGCUGCAGGUGUGUUUGAAGAUCUUGUAGAUGUUCUGCUCAAGAUUCAACGAGAUGGGACUGAAUUACCUCUUACCAUUGACAAUAUCAAAGCGGUGGUGCUGGAUAUGUUCAUUGCAGGAACUGACACGUCAUCCAUUACCAUCGAAUGGGCAAUGUCAGAGCUGAUAAGAAACCCCAGCAAACUCAACAAGGCACAAGAAGAAGUAAGAAAGGUUUUCGACGACAAGGGAUACAUAGAUGAAGACAAGUUUGAUGAGCUGAAAUACCUCAAAUUAAUCAUCAAAGAGACUUUGAGAUUGCACCCACCGUUGCCGUUUCUAGUCCCCAGAAUCAACGCAGAAAGAUGUGAAAUCAAUGGAUACGAAAUCCCAGCAAAAACCACAGUGAUUGUGAAUGCAUGGGCACUGGGAAGGGACCCCAAGUAUUGGAAAGAUGCAGACAAGUUUAUACCAGAGAGAUUCGAGGAAAGCUCCCAUGAUUUCAAAGGGAACAAUCUAGAAUACUUACCCUUUGGUGCAGGAAGGAGAAUGUGUCCCGGCAUGUCGUUCGGGCUUGCCAAUAUUGAGCUUCCGCUUGCUAUGCUUCUCUAUCAUUUCGAUUGGAAGAUGCCUAAGGGGAUCCAGAAUAAGGAUUUGGAUAUGGCGGAGGCCUUCGGUGUCACCGUUAGAAAGAAACACCAUUUGCAUCUGAUUCCCACUGUUAAACGACCUUUGCGUGCAGCUGCUUGAUAGAUUCUCGUGUGAUGUGAGUGAGAGUUUUAGAAAAAUAGUACAGGGUAAUCUAGUGUUGAUUCAUAUUAUCUUGUGCCUAUAUCUCGUUUUCAACGUAGCAGGUUGAUUUAAUAAUAGUUGGAUAAGUUUUUUGCCCCAAGCCUCUCUGCUUUUGAGUUCCCUUCAAAGAUGAACUCUCAGCAGAUCAUGCAUUUUGCACUACUUUAUAUGCCCAAGUGCCCCCAAUAUAUGAACUAGAAUGUGGUUUCUGUCAA